ACGAGUGUGUGAAUGAGAAGGACACUGAUACAGGGGUCACUCAUGUUGACUCCAUGGCAAUACCACAGGACAGAAUUCCGACCCGGAGACGUUCCAGCUCAGAGAUGUCCCGAUCCACCUUCAGCCUGGUCCGACAACUCUCCAGUCUAGACGCCCGCAGGCCCAGCUCUCCGCUGGUUGAUGUGAAACCCAUUGAGUUCUGGGCCAUGGGCCCCAGGAAGGAGGUGAUCCAGCCGCUGCGUCGACCCCAGCCCCCUCCGGAUGACUACUUCAGGAAGUUGGAGCCACGCCUCUACUCUCUGGACUCAUCCGGAGACGACGUGGACUCGCUAACGGACGAGGAGAUUCUGCUACGAUACCAACUGGGCAUGCUCCACUUCAGCACACAGUAUGACCUAAUCAACGGCCACCUGGGCGUUAGGGUCAUUGAGGCUCGCGACCUGCCCCCACCUCUGACCUGUGAUGGAGCCCGCCAGGACAUGGCCCACUCCAACCCAUACGUCAAGAUCAGCCUGCUGCCGGACCACAAGAACUCCCGGCAGACGGGGGUGAAGAGGAAGACACAGAACCCGGUGUUUGAGGAGCGGUUCACCUUUGACCUUCUGUUCCUGGAGGCCCAGCGCCGCACCCUGCUGCUGUCUGUGGUCGACUUCGACAAGUUCUCACGACACUGUGUCAUCGGCAAGGUGGCGCUGCCUCUGAGUGAGGUUGAUCUGGUGAAAGGUGGUCAUUGGUGGAAGGCCCUGGUGCCUAGUUCUCAGAAUGAGGUAGAGCUGGGAGAGCUGCUGUUAUCACUCAACUACCUGCCCUCUGCUGGAAGACUCAACGUUGACAUCAUCAGAGCGAAGCAGCUGCUGCAGACAGACAUGUGCCAGGGAUCAGACCCGUUUGUGAAGGUACAGCUGGUAACAGGGCUGAAGCUGGUAAAGACCAAGAAGACUUCCUGUAUGAAAGGAACCAUCGACCCCUUCUACAACGAGUCGUUCAGCUUCAGAGUCCCCCACGAAGACCUCAGCGAAGUCAGCCUGGUAUUUACAG